AUGCGGGGCUUGGGGCCCCGGGGUGCGGGACGCCGGCGGCCCCCAGGCGGCGUUGGCGGCCGCAAAUCCCCCAGCACCCCUGCCUCUCUGGCCAGCUGCUACUCCGCACCUCGUAGGGCCCCCCUUUGGACGUGCCUUUUCCUGUGCGCUGCGCUCCGGACUCUCCUGGCUAGCCCCAGCAACGAAGUUGAGAUAUUGAUAGUCAGGACAGUAUUGGAAGACAUUGGCUGGCUUAAAAUCAGGAAGGGUUGGGAAGAGAUUGGUGAAGUUGAUGAAAAUUAUGCCCCCAUUCAUACAUACCAAGUAUGCAAAGUUAUGGAGCAGAAUCAGAAUAACUGGCUUUUGACCAGUUGGAUAACCAAUGAAGGUGCUUCCAGAAUCUUCAUAGAACUCAAGUUUACCCUACGGGACUGCAACAGCCUUCCAGGAGGACUGGGAACUUGUAAGGAAACUUUUAACAUGUAUUAUUUUGAAUCAGAUGAUGAAAAUGGGAGAAACAUCAAGGAAAACCAAUACAUUAAAAUUGAUACCAUUGCUGCCGAUGAGAGCUUUACAGAACUUGAUCUUGGUGAUCGUGUCAUGAAACUGAAUACAGAGGUCAGAGAUGUAGGACCUUUAAGCAAGAAGGGAUUUUAUCUUGCCUUUCAAGAUGUCGGUGCUUGUAUUGCUCUUGUUUCUGUUCGUGUGUACUAUAAAAAAUGUCCUUCUGUGGUACGGCACCUGGCUAUUUUCCCCGACACAAUCACUGGUGCAGAUUCUUCACAGUUGCUUGAAGUAUCAGGCUCCUGUGUCAACCAUUCUGUGACUGAUGAACCACCCAGAAUGCACUGCAGUGCUGAAGGGGAGUGGUUGGUGCCCAUUGGGAAAUGCAUGUGCAAGGCUGGAUAUGAAGAAAAGAAUGGCACCUGUCAAGUGUGCAGACCUGGGUUCUUCAAAGCCUCACCUCACAGCCAGAGCUGCAGCAAAUGUCCACCUCACAGUUAUACCCAUGAGGAAGCUUCAACCUCUUGUGUCUGUGAAAAGGAUUAUUUCAGGAGAGAGUCUGAUCCACCCACAAUGGCAUGCACAAGACCCCCCUCAGCUCCGCGGAAUGCCAUCUCAAAUGUUAAUGAAACUAGUGUGUUUCUGGAAUGGAUUCCUCCUGCUGACACUGGUGGAAGGAAAGAUGUGUCAUAUUAUAUUGCAUGCAAGAAGUGCAACUCCCAUGCAGGUGUGUGUGAGGAGUGUGGCGGUCAUGUCAGGUACCUUCCCCGGCAAAUCGGCCUGAAAAACACCUCUGUCAUGAUGGUGGAUCUGCUCGCUCAUACAAACUAUACAUUUGAGAUUGAGGCAGUGAAUGGAGUGUCCGACUUGAGCCCAGGAUUUCGGCAGUAUGUGUCUGUAAAUGUAACCACAAAUCAAGCAGCCCCUUCUCCAGUUACCAAUGUGAAAAAGGGGAAGAUUGCAAAAAACAGCAUAUCGUUGUCUUGGCAAGAGCCAGAUCGCCCUAAUGGAAUCAUCUUGGAGUAUGAAAUCAAGUAUUUUGAAAAGGACCAAGAGACCAGCUAUACAAUUAUCAAAUCUAAAGAAACAACUAUUACCGCAGAAGGCCUGAAACCAGCUUCAGUGUAUGUAUUCCAAAUCCGAGCGCGCACAGCAGCUGGCUAUGGUGUCUUCAGUCGAAGAUUUGAGUUUGAAACCAUCCCAGUGUCAGUUGCAGCAUCCAGCGAUGAAAGCCAGAUUCCUAUAAUUGCUGUGUCUGUGACAGUGGGAGUCAUUUUGUUGGCAGUGGUUAUCGGCUUUCUCCUCAGCGGAAGUUGCUGCGAAUGUGGCUGUGGGAGGGCUUCUUCCCUGUGCGCUGUUGCCCAUCCAAGCCUAAUAUGGCGGUGUGGUUACAGCAAAGCAAAACAAGAUCCAGAAGAGGAAAAGAUGCAUUUUCAUAAUGGGCAUAUCAAAUUGCCAGGAGUAAGAACUUACAUUGAUCCACAUACCUAUGAGGACCCCAAUCAAGCUGUCCAUGAAUUUGCCAAGGAGAUAGAGGCUUCGUGUAUUACCAUUGAGAGAGUUAUCGGUGCAGGUGAAUUUGGUGAAGUUUGUAGUGGACGUUUGAAAUUGCCUGGAAAAAGAGAAUUACCUGUGGCUAUCAAAACCCUUAAAGUAGGCUAUACUGAAAAGCAACGCAGAGAUUUCUUGGGUGAAGCAAGUAUUAUGGGGCAGUUUGAUCAUCCUAACAUCAUUCAUUUAGAAGGUGUUGUAACCAAAAGUAAACCAGUAAUGAUAGUGACCGAGUAUAUGGAGAAUGGCUCAUUAGAUACAUUUUUAAAGAAAAACGAUGGGCAAUUCACUGUAAUUCAGCUCGUAGGCAUGCUGAGAGGUAUCGCUGCUGGAAUGAAGUACCUUUCUGACAUGGGCUACGUACAUAGAGACCUUGCUGCCAGAAACAUCUUAAUCAACAGUAACCUUGUGUGCAAAGUAUCUGACUUUGGACUUUCCAGGGUACUGGAAGAUGAUCCUGAGGCAGCGUACACGACUAGGGGAGGCAAGAUCCCAAUCAGAUGGACUGCACCUGAAGCAAUAGCUUUUCGAAAGUUUACCUCUGCCAGUGAUGUGUGGAGCUAUGGGAUAGUUAUGUGGGAAGUUGUGUCUUAUGGUGAGAGACCCUACUGGGAGAUGACCAAUCAAGAUGUGAUUAAAGCAGUAGAAGAAGGCUACCGUCUACCAAGUCCUAUGGACUGUCCUGCAGCUCUCUACCAAUUAAUGCUAGAUUGCUGGCAGAAAGAUCGAAAUAGCAGGCCUAAGUUUGAGGAAAUAGUCAACAUGUUGGACAAGCUGAUACGUAACCCAAGUAGCUUGAAGACACUAGUUAAUGCAUCAAGCAGAGUAUCUAAUUUAUUGUCAGAACAUGGGCCACUGGGAUCUGGGGCAUACAGAUCUGUAGGUGAAUGGCUAGAAGCAAUCAAAAUGGGCCGAUAUACAGAGAUUUUCAUGGAAAAUGGAUACAGUUCAAUGGACGCUGUGGCCCAGGUGACAUUGGAGGAUUUGAGGCGACUUGGAGUGACUCUUGUCGGUCACCAGAAGAAGAUCAUGAACAGCCUUCAAGAAAUGAAGGCACAGCUGGUAAAUGGAAUGGUGCCAUUGUAA